GGCGGGGCCGGGCUCAGCGCCCUGGCUGAGUCUCCCGGCGGCGGGCGGUGGGGACCGGGUGCGGCGGCGGCGUUGGCAUCGGCGGGAGCAGCAUGGAUUGGGGCACCGAACUGUGGGAUCAGUUUGAGGUGCUCGAGCGGCACACGCAGUGGGGUCUGGACCUGUUGGACAGAUACGUGAAGUUCGUGAAAGAGCGGACGGAGGUGGAGCAGGCUUAUGCAAAGCAGCUGCGGAGCCUGGUGAAAAAAUAUAUGCCUAAAAGACCUGGCAAAGAUGACCCAGAAUCCAAGUUCAGCCAGCAACAGUCAUUUGUGCAGAUUCUCCAGGAGGUGAAUGAUUUUGCGGGCCAGCGGGAGCUGGUGGCCGAGAACCUCAGUGUCCACGUGUGUCUCGAGCUGGCCAAGUACUCACAGGAGAUGAAACAGGAGAGAAAGAUGCACUUCCAAGAAGGCCGUCGGGCCCAGCAGCAGCUGGAAAGUGGCUUCAAGCAGCUAGAGAAUAGUAAGCGUAAGUUUGAGCGGGACUGCCGGGAGGCUGAGAAGGCAGCUCAGACGGCCGAGCGGCUGGACCAGGAUAUCAAUGCCACCAAGGCUGAUGUGGAGAAGGCCAAGCAACAGGCCCACCUUCGGAGUCACAUGGCAGAAGAAAGCAAAAAUGAAUAUGCAGCCCAACUACAGCGCUUCAACCGAGACCAGGCUCACUUCUAUUUUUCCCAGAUGCCCCAGAUCUUUAAUAAGCUGCAGGACAUGGACGAGCGGCGGGCCACCCACCUGGGGGCUGGGUACAGGCUCCUGUCCGAGGCUGAGCUGCAGGUGGUACCCAUCAUCGCCAAGUGUUUGGAGGGCAUGAAGGUGGCCGCGGAUGCUGUGGAUGCCAAGAACGACUCCCAGGUCCUAAUCGAGCUGCACAAGUCAGGCUUUGCCCGCCCGGGCGACGUGGAAUUUGAAGACUUCAGCCAGCCCAUGAACCGCGUGCCCUCGGACAGCAGCCUGGGCACCCCCUCAGAUGGACGGCCUGAGCUCCGAGGCCCCGGCCGCAGCCGAGCUAAGCGCUGGCCCUUCAGCAAGAGGAACAAGCCGCGCCCUCCACCCCUCUCCCCCCUGGGGGGCCCCCUGCCCUCGGCAUUACCUAACGGACCCCCGUCCCCCCGCUCCGGCCUCGACCCCUUGGCCAUACUGAGUGAGAUCAGUAAGUCAGUCAAACCGCGGCUAGCAUCCUUCCGCAGCCUUCGAGGCAGCCGUGGGACAGUGGUGACCGAGGAUUUCAGCCACUUGCCCCCGGAGCAGCAGAGAAAGCGGCUUCAGCAGCAGCUGGAAGAACGGAACCGUGAACUACAGAAGGAGAUCGACCAGAGGGAGGCCUUGAAGAAAAUGAAGGAUGUAUAUGAGAAGACACCCCAGAUGGGGGACCCGGCCAGCUUGGAACCCCGGAUCACAGAAACCCUGAACAACAUCGAACGUCUGAAAUUGGAAGUACAGAAGUAUGAGGCUUGGCUGGCAGAAGCCGAGAGCCGGGUCCUAAGCAACCGGGGGGACACCCUGGGCCGGCACACUCGGCCUCCAGACCCCCCAGCCAGCGCCCCACCAGACAGCAGCAGCAACAGCAACAACGGAUCACAGGAUAAGGAGAGCUCUGAAGAGCCCCCGUCCGAGGAGGGUCAGGAUGCUCCCAUCUACACGGAGUUCGAUGAAGAUUUUGAGGAGGAGCCUGCAUCCCCCAUAGGUCACUGUGUGGCCAUCUACCAUUUUGAAGGGUCCAGCGAGGGCACCAUCUCCAUGGCCGAGGGCGAGGACCUCAGUCUCAUGGAAGAAGAUAAAGGCGACGGCUGGACCCGGGUCAGGCGGAAACAGGGAGGUGAGGGCUACGUGCCCACCUCCUACCUCCGUGUCACACUCAACUGAACCCUGCCAGAGGCGGGAAGAGGGGGGCUGUUGGCUGCUGCUUCUGGGCCACGGGGGGUGCCCCAGGACCUACGCACUUUAUUUCUUCCCCCGUGGCUUCAGCUGAGACCUGUGUAACCUGCUGCCCCCAGCCCCACCCCCCACUCCUCACUCCACAUGGACCCGCUGUGCCUUCUACCAUCGAUGUACAUACUCAUGUUUCGAAUCUUUUCUUCCUGCCGCUCGGC